UUUCUCUCAAAUUUUCUCAAUUUUUCCAACUUUACCAUUAACCAACGGUUUUCUAUUUUUUGUAAUUCAAUGGUCAAGAUACACUAAUUAUUUCCUCAAAGUUUUUCUGUAUUGGAAAGGAUCCUUUCUCUAAUUUUACCAAACGGCGGUAAAAAAUGUAAGGCCAAAUAUUGGAAGUUGGAGAAAAUAUUGAACGUAUUUAAUUUCACAUAUUCCCGAAUAUUGGAAGUUGGAGUAUUCCUAUUUUAAUUGCUCUAGUUUACAGCAGUCUGCAAUUAAAGUCCUUCAUGCCUUUCAGAUUCUACUUCUACUCAUACAAUUAAGUCACCUUUUCAGCUUUCAGCUUUCAGAUGCCUAUAAAUAGUUGUGCUAUCCAUAUUUGAACUGACUACUGAGCACACAUAAUGGCAUAUGAGGAGAUUUUUGAGCUGAAUGGAGAGAAAAUUAAGACAACAGUGACAUAUUAUCCGAAAGAUAUUCUAAACCAUCUAUCUUCUUUUCUUCUCCCUUCAAUCAAUCAUCAAACCAAACUUAUCGGCUUUGACGCUGAAUGGUUAGUGCAUUAUCAUUCACCCAAAUGCGCAACCAUACAACUCUGUGAUGGGAACUCGUGUCUUAUUAUUCAACUAAAUUGUUUUGAAUCUAAUCAUUCGGAUUUGGAAAAACAUGAAGCACGUAAAUCACUUGUUAAUUUUCUUAAUCUGCCGAAUAUUACUUUUGUUGGAGUUGGUAUCAAAGAGAAUUUGGCUAGGUUGGAGAAGCAUUAUGGGAUUGGAUGCAAAAAUGCUGUUGAACUUGGUCCAUUAGCUGCUACUGUCAUGAAUAUGCCUCAAUUGAGUUUGUGUGGUGUUGAUGAGUUAGCUUUUGUGGUUAAUGGAUUUGAUCUCCAAGAUCACAGGCCUGUGACAUUGUCCUAUGACUAUGCUGAUUAUCGCCUCAGUAAAGAACUUGUUAAAGUUGCUACUGUUAAUGUUUACUCUUAUCACAAGAUUGGGGUCAAACUGUUAACCAGAACCUGCAAAUGCUGCUACCGGUAAUGGGAAUCGCAAAGUAAUGGGAAAAACUCAACAUUCAGAAACUAAACCAACUAAGCAUGUGAAGAUUGAACCAAAAAAUUGAGAAAAUUAUGAACAUGUUAAGAUGCAUUAGUAUUUCCUUUGGUUAUUUUGGUUGAUGUUUCUCUAAUGUUUAUGUUUUUGGGAUGUAAUUUAUUUUGAUGGUUAUGGAUUUGAUGCUUUUUAAUCUGCUAAAACAAU